CUAAACUUCAACUUUCUCUCCUCUGUUACUCUUUCUUCUGACAUCCUUUCUACCGGAGGAAAUCGUCCAAGAAACUAAAUUCCGAUUGGAUAAAGUAAUGGAGUACUUAGCCACGUGCUGGAACAAAGCUAAGACCAUAUGGCAACAAGACCUUCCUUGGUCAGUAGGAGCAGAGUCCAAAGCUUUUAAGGUAAUCAAUUUAAGGCAGAUGUGAGCCCCUAUAUGACCUGGGUUUAAACCCUUUACGAUGGACAU